GAACACUAGUUGAUAACAUUCCAGAAAUGCAAGUGCACGAGACUGGCACGGUUGUUGACAAUAACCGAACCAAUGAAGCGAGACAGGAGGAGACGCAGGGACAGGGACAGGGACAGGGACAGGGGGAACACCAGAGGCAAAUGGAAGUGAGCGACGAUGACGCCUAUCGCAAUGUCUUCCUCGUCGACUAUACAGGCAAUGUUAUUGCAGGUUUUUGGCAGUACGGAUUUACAACGUGGUUGCAUUUCCUCAAGAUGGUCCAGACCGUUAUGGUCACCAACAAUCAAGACUGGGCUGUUUUUCGUCACCGGUCCUCUGCAUCUAUCGGCGAACCUAUUGGCGAGCGACAGAAGGGAACGACUGAUCUAGUCCAGCCAGGAUCCUACAUUAUUUUAUCCCCCGACAAAACGAAGCUCGAAGUCUCCCUAACUACCGAAAGAUGCCGGACAAGGCACACCACCUUGUCCAAUACUCCGUCUAGAGACAGUUAUUGCGAACGCACACUGGUGCGGGAUGGAAUGUGUCUGUUGUCUGGUCAAAAGGGCUAUGGAAGGCAUACACGUUUAGAUGCAGCCCACAUUUUCCCUCGGGGCCAUGAUGUCGAUUGGUAUUCAAAAGGCUUUCAGUCUCUUAUCACAGAUAAGGCACCUUUGUCUGAAAUAGGUGGCCCUUCCAAGAUUGACUCUCUUCAGAAUUUAAUAAGUCUAAAGGCUGACUUACAUAAGGCUUGGGAUAACUAUGAAGUUGGUGUCAAUCCUGAUGAUGGUCAUAUCAUCUUUCCUUUUUUGAGGGGCUAUUUAUACAGAAAAAUGUAUUAGAAUCAGGGUUAGGAAGCCAUCAGGGAUUAGGGCGAAGUGGACGAGCGUCUGUGGAGGGAAAGCCUAACCUGGUUGAUAUAGAGGAUAAAGGAGUUGAGUAGUUACAAAGUACGCAUGCAGAUUUUGUUGAAGUGGGGAGAUGAUGAUGAGAUAUAUGGUAAGAUGAAGCAGAGAUACGAAAUUGGACAAGUAUGCAGGAUGGGAGAAGAGGUU